GCAGCGCAACACCGCGCACACGCGCACGCACGCACGCAGAGACACGCGCGCGCGCGCAGCGAGGGCUGAUCGGCUCCGCGCCUGGGCUGUCUCCACCUCUCUCAGCAACCACCUUCACUCGGGAGCCAGUGGUGACAUGUCCAUCGGCGAGGCGGGGUGAAUGCGUGGAGGGAGACGCACGCGGCGCUGGAGCUCUGCUCUGUAGGGGUCCGAGCCCCGGUAACAGAUGACUGCGGUGGCUGCCGCUGCGAGCCGAGCGCUCAGCCUUCUCCGUGCAUUCAUCGGCACCCGCGGAGGCGAUGGACUUGACCCAACAUACUUUCGGGAGUGAGUGCGGAGUGCGGCAGAAUGUUAGGGAUCUGAGAAAAGAUCGGCUCGUCUGUCGCACUUAAAGUCUCUUCGUCGUUGUUGUUGUUGUUGGGGAGCUUUUUUUGUUGUUGUUGGAAAUCAUCAACCAGACGACAAAUAUUAAAUAAAGCAAAUGAAGGGAGAGACCACAACGUGUGGAUCAGAAUAGUCAGUUAAUUUAAUAAAAGUGAUUAUAAUUGUAGGUGUCGCCAUUGUGGUGUGGUGGUUGGGGGGGGAUGAUGUAAUUAAUUGCACGGAUGAGUUAUCUAGCAAUCGCUCUAUGCUAGGAUGUGAUAAUUAGCGUCUGGCUCUACCCACACCUGCCGUGCUGCGCUCCCCACACCGUCACCGUGGUGCCACCGUUCGCCGGCCCGGCUCUGGCUGCCUGUGUCUCCUCCCCGGCUCGCUCCACUGGGCCAUGAGUGCGCUCCCGAAGAGCCUGCAGCAGCAGCAGCAGCAGCACGCGGACCGGCCACUCUCACUGCCUGUCCCUGCCUGGACGAAGAGCGGCGUCGUGCUGCUGCACGAUGGCAAGACGGGCUCGCACGAGGUGCGGCUCAAGCUGUCCAAGGACGUCCUCACCGUGCAGAAGCAGGACGUCGUGUGCGUCGGUGGAGGCUCCCUCUCCAACGAGCGAACGGUCACCCUAUGCAGGCAGAGAGUCGGAGGGUUCGGACUCAGUAUCAAGGGUGGAGCAGAGCACAACGUCCCCGUGGUCAUUUCCAAAAUUUUCAAGGAUCAAGCAGCGGACCAGACGGGGAUGCUCUUCGUGGGAGACGCCAUUCUCCAGGUGAACGGAAUCAAUGUCGUGAGCUGUACUCACGAAGAGCUGGUGAGGAUUCUGCGCAACGCUGGCGAUGAAGUGACGCUGACCGUCGGAUACCUGAAGGAGGCCCCGGCGUUCCUCAAACUCCCUUCCAGUGAGGAAAGCAACUGCUCUCCUAUCCCAUCCAGCGACCACAGCAGUGGGACGUCCUCGCCACUCUUCGACAGUGGGUUACACUUAAACGGAGGCUCAAGCAAUUCCGGCCCGUCGCCAUCCUCAUCCCCCGUGAGCAGCCGCACGCGUUGGGAGAAGCAGUGGUGCGACGCGCUCUCGCUGCCCCUGCUCAUGGCGCGCGUCUCCCGCUACCGCCAGGGCACCGACCAGCUCAGACCAAACGCAUUCGAGGUCAUUGCUGUUGAUGGCAUAAGCUCCGGAGUUCUGCAAUGUCACAGCUCGCAGGAGUGCUACGACUGGUAUCAGGCAAUCUCCUCCAACACCACGGAAUUGACUCAACAAAACAUGAAAAUGUCAAAUAAAUACUCCCCAGCUCAUGAUCAGAUCGUGCACAUGGGCUGGCUGUACGAGCGUGCGCCGACGCCGGACACGUGGCAGGUCUACCGCACGCGCUUCCUCGCCCUCAAGGGCCACCACAUGCACCUCUUCUCCUGCCCUCCCGUAAGCACACGAGACUGGGAGAAGGCAGAACGGAUCUACAAUGUGUUUGAAGUCCUCUGUAAGGUUCUUAAGGGGGGCGACCUGCAGGACCAGAAGGAGCACUGCUUCAGGGUCAUGACCUCCACAGAAGACAUCCACUACUUCAGCGUGGAGCAGGCGAGCGAGCUCGCGGUGUGGGAGAAGGCUUUCCAGACGGCAAGCUUCCUGGAGGUACAGAGAAGAGGGUCCAUAACCUACAACUGUUUACUCAAGGGAAGGCCACUGGGAUUGAAGAUAGACUUUAACACAGGAUUUACAUGUGUUGAUGCGGAAACAAAGCAUCUAAUUUGGCAUUACAAGUUCGCUCAACUCAAAGGCUCCUCUGAUGACGGAAUGAGCAGGGUUAAGUUUUUAUUUCAAAACACGGACACAAAAUUAGUGGAGACAAAGGAGCUGGAAUUUGCAAAUCACAUGGCCGUGCUGCAUUGCAUCCAUUCGUUCGUCGCCGCUAAAGUGGCUUUAGUGGAUCCGGCAUUCGUGGAGGCGCAGGGCGCGUCGAAGAAGCACGCUCUGAGCUAGCGCACGGUGGCGGCAGAACACGGGGCCACUCGGUCGUUCGCUUAAACGAUGGCGACGCAGUCGAGUUCAAAAGCAAUUUUGCUCUUCGCCGUCCUAAAAUAUUUACGGACGCGGCGACGAGGUGAAAAUUGGGAGGAUGGGAAUUGGACGGCGAGCACGCGACGCGCGAGGAUGGUGACCAGCUCGAGUCUGGGGGGAUGGAGUGUGGCGACGUCCUGAAGAUCGUGUACAUUUUACAUUUUGCGAUUCCGUAAAAAAAGACCAACACCGUCUCAUUUAGUCAGCUUCACCGCUAUUUCCCAUGAAACUUUAAUGAAUGCACAUCUAAUGGUAUUUUUUAUCUGUUUGUUGCAAUAUAUAUACAGAAUGCCUUGCGAGUAAAAUAAUAGAUUCAUCGUAAAAGGAUAUCCUUUGUAACCCGUUUUCCGCGUUGCUUAUUUUUUCAAUCGUGCAUCGACAUUUCCCCUAAUAUUUAAAACAAAAUACAUUGUGAGUAAAAUUAUUCAAUAUUUUUGUAUGAAUCCGUGAAUAAUGAACUUGACUGAUCUGCAAAUGAAAGGAUUUUAUGACACACAGAAUGUAGGUGAAAGGGAUAGAGUUGCAAGUUCCUAUUUUGUUAAUAGAUUUUAUUCUUGUAUAUGAAUUUGUGGAUUGUUAGAUACUGUACAGUAUUAUUGAAGAAUUGUACUUAUAACAUAUUUGAGACAAUCAAUACAAAUUUUGGUUUAAUAUUUAGUUUUCAAAUAAAUGCCUAAAUAUCUAAGCUGUUAUUAACUCAAAAAGCACACAACCAUUUCACUAAAACUGUUAUUAUUAUUUAUGAAAAUUGUAUAUAAUGUACACUACACUUUUUAAAAUAUCAACGACGAUUAAUAUUGAUGCUUAGAAUUGUAUUGCGUAAUUAUUGUUUCAGUUUUGUUUCUUCCUCCGGCGCAAAAAAUUUAAAAAAGUCCCUUGAAAGGCAGUGACAGUUUUAUAUGCGUUUUCGCCAAAUGAAUUUCCAGUAUUCGCAACACGUUUCUUUUCCUGUUUUAAUUAACUUUAAGGAGAUCUAUGCUUUAUUGCCUCUUUUAGGUGAACAUGUAAUAAAUUAUGCCUGUAAUAUGUACAAAAAUAUAAAAUAAAAACAACACACGCAAAAUAAAGUCGAGCGUGAUGA